CACGGACAUUUCGGUGGGGAGCGAAGGGGGAAUCCGAAGUGAUUCCGCAGUAUAAUGGAGUGUGCCAUCACCGAUCUCUAAGCCGAGUUCUCCCCGUUUCUCUCUCUCUCUCUCUCGUGAAAGAGUCACAUUCACGCACACGGUCUCGCGCUCUCGCUAGUCGGUGUUAGUGUUAACAAUAAGCGAAGGGAAAAAAAAUUAUAAACACAAGAUGUUUGGUCCGGGCGCGGCGCCAAUCGUUGUCUUGAGCCAGAACACGAAGCGAGACACCGGCAGGAAGGUGCAGAGAGAGAAUAUCCAGGCCGGCAAGGCGAUUGCUGACGUCAUCAGAACAUGUCUGGGGCCGCAAGCCAUGCUGAAGAUGCUGAUGGAUCCGAUGGGUGGUAUCGUGAUGACAAACGAUGGGAACGCGAUCCUACGUGAGAUCACCGUGCAGCAUCCCGCCGGCAAGUCCAUGAUAGAGAUCGCCAGGACUCAGGAUGAGGAAGUAGGCGACGGCACGACGUCGGUCAUCGUCCUGGCUGGCGAGAUCUUGGCCACCGCUGAACCGUUCCUGGAGCAGAACAUGCAUCCUACGGUCAUCAUACGGGCUUACCGUCAGGCUUUAGAAGACAUGGUCACGAUUCUCAACGAACAGAUCAGCAUCGAUCUGGACUGCAAUAACAAAAAGAAACUGGUACAGGUGAUAAACUCUUGCAUAGGUACUAAAUUUAUCAGGCGCUGGUCAGAAUUGGCGUGCCAGAUCGCCUUGGACGCCGUCUACACGGUGAUGCUGGAGGAGAACGGCAGGCGAGAGAUCGACAUCAAGCGUUACGCCAAGGUGGAGAAGAUACCGGGCGGCACGGUGGAGGAUAGUAUCGUCCUGAAGGGCGUAAUGAUUAACAAGGACGUGACACACCCGAAGAUGAGACGUUACAUCAAAGAUCCCCGAAUAGUUCUUCUGGACUGCCCGUUGGAGUACAAGAAGGGCGAGUCCCAGACGAACAUAGAGAUCAUGAAAGACACCGACUUCACGAAGAUUCUGGAGCUGGAGGAGCAGCACGUGAAGAAGAUCUGCGAGGACGUGAUCUCGGUGAAGCCGGACGUCGUCAUCACCGAGAAGGGUGUGUCCGAUCUUGCGCAACAUUACCUCAUCAAGGCCGGUAUCUCGGCGAUACGCAGGCUACGGAAGAGCGAUAUCAACAGGAUCGCCCGCGCCUGCGGUGCCACCGUCGUGAACCGUACCGAGGAGCUGAGGGAAGAGGACGUCGGCACGAGGGCCGGUCUCUUCGAAAUCAAGAAGCUCGGCGACGAUUACUUCUGCUUCAUCACGGAGUGCAAGGAUCCCAAAGCCUGCACCAUCAUUCUGAGGGGAGCCAGCAAGGAUGUUCUGAACGAGACCGAGCGGAACUUGCAGGAUGCGCUGCACGUCGCUAGGAAUCUGCUUAUAGACCCAAAACUGGUGCCAGGUGGUGGAGCGGUGGAGAUGGCGGUGUCACGGCUCUUGUCGGAGAAGGCGGCCGGGCUCGCCGGAGUGGAGCAGUGGCCGUACAAAGCGAUCGCACAGGCCUUGGAGAUCAUUCCUAGGACAUUGGCGCAGAACUGCGGCGCCAAUACCAUCAGAACGUUGACAGCGUUGCGCGCUAAACACGCGACGGAGGGAACUACCUGGGGUAUCGACGGGGAGACCGGCAAAUUGGUGGACAUGAAGGAACGUGGCAUCUGGGAACCGUUGUCGGUGAAGCUGCAAACGUAUAAGACAGCGAUCGAGACCGCUAUCCUGCUGCUGAGAAUCGACGACAUCGUCUCCGGCAGCAAGAAGAAGAAGAACGAGAACGAGACCGCGCAGCCGAGUCAAGUCACGGAGGAGUCUAUGAAAGAAUAAAAGUAUUUUCGACAUC